AUGAAGCGGGCAAACUCCAUCAUCCAUGGCGCUGCUGCCACCGCGCGGCUUUUGUUUUUAGCCGCUCACGCCGUGGCAGGGCUUACAUUUCCGUACGAGACGGUUCAGCUGGACGAGACGGACGUGGCGGCCUUCCCGGCCGUCUCCUUCGGCAACACGUCGGCGCCGCCCGUUCCUUUGGGGGAGUGCAGAUCCUUCCCGGGCGACGCCGACUGGCCGGGCGAGGCGGAGUGGGCCGCGCUCGACGACCUGCUGGACGGCCGGCUGCUGAGGCCGACGCCCCUCGGCGCGGCCUGCGACCCGGCCCACGCGGCGUACGACGCGGCGCGGUGCGAGUCGCUGGUGCGGGACGCCUCGCGCACGCGCGCGCUGCUGGACGACCCGCUCACGGUGCUGACCGUGUGGCCGCAGGGGGACACGUGCAGGGUGGUGCUGCCGACGGGCUCCGGGCCGGGCGGCGGCGCCGACCCGCCGCCCCCUUGCACGCGCGGCGGGUUCCCCGAGUACGUGGUCAACGCGACGACGGCGCGACACGUGCAGGCGGCGGUCAACUUUGCGCGCAACCGGAACCUGCGGCUCGUGGUCAAGAACACGGGCCACGAUUUCGGAGGUCGCUCGGUCGGCGCCGGGUCGCUGAGCGUGUGGACGCACCAUCUAAAGGACUCGCGGUACAUGGCGAAUUACGACUCUGCCUUUUAUAGCGGCAGAGCCAUGCAGCUCGGGGCUGGGAUCGAGGCGUGGGAGAUGUCGAACCUGAUGGUGGACCACGGCGGCAUCACCAUUACGGCACCGGGCUGCAGCACGGUUGGUGGCGUGGGAGGAUGGAUGCUGGGCGGCGGGCACACGACCAUCACGUCCAGCCACGGCCUCGGCGCCGACCAGGUCGUGGAGCUCAACGUCGUGACCGCGGACGGCAGCUUCGUCACCGCAAACGGGACGCACAACACCGACCUCUUCUGGGCGCUCCGCGGCAGUGGUGUGGGAAGUUUCGGUAUCGUGACCUCGGCAGUCUUCAAAGCAUACGCACCCGUGAGCAUCACCGGGGUCCAGCUGCAGUGGCAAACGACAGCGGGCACGUCCGGAACCGUGGUCGACAAGGAGACGUUUUGGCGGGGCAUCAACGCCUACUUCAAGUUCGGCAUCAACGUCGGGCUCGCCAACGGUGUCGACUUCAACUACAUCCGCAAGCAGGGCAACGACACGUACAGCUUCACCACGAGCAUCUCGUUCCCAGGCAAAACGCCAGAUCAGGUCUCUGACCACCUAGCGCCGCUGAUGCGCAGUCUACAGGCGGCGGGCGUCAACAUGACGAGCCCCCUGCCGGCCCAGCCCCGGCCGUACGCAUCACGGCGCGGCGGCACGGGCGACAGCCUGGGAAACGCCCGGUACGCGUCCAGGCUGUGGCCGCGAUCGCUGUGGGCGGAUGAGGCGGGGUUUGCGCGGGCCAUGGCGGCGGUGCGCGCGAGCGUCGAGGAAGGCGGCUACACAUUCCACGGCCUCCUGAUGAACACGGACCCGGACACGGUGGGCACGCCGGUUGUGCCACCCAACUCGGUGUCGCCCGGGUGGCGCGCGGCGGCCAUGCACGCGUCGGUCCAGGACUCGACGGCACUGGCCCAUCUCACGCCGGCCGACUUCCACGCGGCCAACGAGCGGCUCCUGAAGUAUUCUGGCGCCAUCAGGGCGGCGACGCCGGGUGGGGGCGCCUAUAUCAACGAGGGCUACUCGCUCGAGCCGGGUUGGCAGGACAAUUUCUAUGGGCUUGUCGUCUACCCGCGACUGCUGCGGGUCAAGCGGGACGUGGACCCCUGGGGUCUUUUCUGGGCACCCACCGCGGUCGGAAGCGAGGCCUGGGAGGUGCGCACGGUGGACAAAAGGCCGACGCAGAACGGGAGGCUGUGUCGACAGACCUGGGCUUGA